AUAUAACCUGUUCAGUAAUUUGGUUUACUUCCGGUUCCCAUCUUGAAAGCAUCUUAUCUUUUUUUUAAAGAAUGGAACUAAAACGACAGUCAGACUGUCCAUCCUUACCCCCUGGUUGGAGAAGAGAAGAAGUCGUUAGACAAUCUGGUCUAUCUGCAGGCAAAACAGAUGUGUAUUACUAUAGCCCUGAUGGCAAGAAGGUUAGAAGCAAACCAAUGAUGGCAAGGUAUCUAGGAGAAGGGUUUGAUUUAGCGACCUUUGAUUUUCGCACUGGUAAAAUAAAUCAUUCAUCAAUCAGAAAAAGUAAGCGUCCAAACAGUGGUCCUUAUGACUUUGCUAGAGGAAUAAGACAAGAUUCCAGUUUAUCAUUACCUAUCAGACAGACAGCUUCAAUCUUCAAACAGCCAGUCACAGUAAAGAGAAUCAGAGAGGACACAGACAGUAAAACAAAAACAGAUUUAAAACAUGGUCCACAGGAUCCUCCUAAACAGUUAUUUUGGGAGAAACGUCUUCAAGGUUUCCAUGCAGUUGACAGUAGUGAAGACAUCCUAAAGGCUUUAGAUUUACCAAGAAAUGUACAAGGUGUUGGACCAGAACUUAGCACAGAGAACAUUCUACAAAGUAUAUCAGCAGCGUUACACAUGAACAAUGGUCCAGUUAUGGGACAAGGAAAUAAUAAACAAGCUCUGUCUAAAAAUCCUGGUGCUAAUAUAGAUGCAAAUCAACCUCACAUUCAACAAACAAUGAUUACAGAAGAAGAUAUUAAACGACAAGAGAUGAAAGUCAUAGAGGCCAGAAGACGAUUAGAAGAAGCUAUGAAAGGAUUAUUAUGAUGAACAAUAUUCAAUCAAAACUCAUUUUGUUGCAUGCAGCUAGGUUUAUCCUAAGUAGAGUAAUGAACUUGACCUG